ACUCAAACCUCCGCUGUGAUUACUGUCAGGGAGCUGAUUUUAUUCAUCAGGACAGACAAGUGUGCGGUGGUCUCGCUGUGCAUUGUGGGCACGGCUCCUCCCCACGUGUCUGUGUGGAGCUCAGUCAACAUGGUACCACAGCAGCAGCAGCAGCAGACUCCAGCAGCCUGAGUUGGUGGAUUCCACUCCUGCCCCUCUGCGCACCACACUACUUCUGGACUGUCCUCACACGGAUGAGAUAGCCAAAACUGUCCGGUGAAGUGCGCAGGUUGGAUCCCUGAGAUCUGCUGCCGCUCCUCUCCUGUGUCCUCUCCUCUCGCCCCCCUCGCUUUGAUCACAUCAAUAUGGCCAGCGGGGACGACGAUGACCCCAUUAUAGAAGAGAUUGAUGUGUAUCUUGCCAAAAGCCUCGCAGAUAAACUCUAUCUUUUCCAGUACCCCGUCCGACCAGCCACUAUGACCUACGAUGACGUCAACCACUUAGCGGCGAAGAUCAAACCCAAGCAGCAGCGGGUGGAGCUGGAAAUGGCCAUCGACACAAUGAGUCCCAACUACUGUCGCAGCAAAGGAGAGCAAAUAGCUCUGAACGUGGACGGCUCGACGUACGACGAAACCAACACCUACUCAGCUAAAAUGAUGGACAAACAGACCUUCUCCUCCAUCCAGGCCACCACCAACACCUCCAGAUACGCAGCUGCUGUGUUUCGCAAAGGCGAGCUUCACGUCACACCUCUGACGGGAAUCCUUCAGAUGAGGCCCAGCUUCUCCUACCUGGACAAGGCUGACAACAAAACCAGAGAGAGGGAGGCAGCCAAUGAAGGUGGAGACUCCUCCCAGGAUGAAGCCGAGGAGGAAGCCAAGGCCAUCACGGUGAGGUUUGCUCGUCCCGAGUCGGAGCAGGCCCGGCAGAGGAGGAUCCAGUCGUACGAGUUCCUGCAGAAGAAGCAGGCGGAGGAGCCGUGGGUUCACCUGCACUACCACGGCGUCAAGGACGGGCGCUCGGAGCAUGAGAGACAGUACCUGUUCUGUCAGUCAGCGGACGCCUCGGAGAACUCUGAGCUGGUCAAAACUCCAAAGGAGUACCUGGCGAUGCUGAUGCCUCCUCUCGCAGAAGAGAAAGUUGUGAAGCCUGUCGGUCCCAGUAAUGUGCUUUCGAUGGCUCAGCUCCGCACGCUGCCUCUGGGGGAGCAAGUCAAGACCCUGAUGAAGAACGUCAAGGUGAUGCCGUUCGCUAACCUGAUGGGGCUCCUCGCUUCCGGCACCGACUCGACUGCGGCGCUGCGCUGCAUCCAGCAGGUGGCGCUGCUGGUUCAGGGGAACUGGGUUGUCAAGAGCGAUGUUCUGUAUCCUAAAAACACCUGCAGUCCUCACAGCGGCGUCCCUGCUGAAGUGCUCUGUCGGGGCAGAGACUUCGUGAUGUGGAGGUUCACGCUGGAGCGCUCCGUGAUGAGGAAGGAGAUCGCUUCCAUCAUCAAACUUCCUCCGGAGGAUGUGAAGGAGUUCUUGGAGCAUGUGGCAGCUCCUCGGAUCAACCGGGGCUGGGAGUUCCUGUUGCCUACCGAUUCCGACUUCAUUAAGAAGCACCCAGAUGUUGCCCACAGGCAGCACAUGCUGUGGCUCGGCAUCCAGAGCAAGUUGGAAAAGGUGUUUAAUUUCUCUAAAGAAGACUUUGUGCCAAAGAAUUCCCCUCAGCCUGACCCCGUCCAUGUCAGCGGGGAGCAGCGCCUGAAGAUGGCUCAGGACCGAGCGCACGAAAACCAGCCGUCGCUGCAGAAGGACCUGGACGCCCGGCGCGCAGGAAGCAGCGUCCACAUCAAGCAGGAGCCCGUCAGCGACAGGGAGGACGAGCCGAUGGACACCUCCUCCUCCUGCAUCCCCAACGGUUCAGUCAACGGCUACCCCAGCGCCAUCUCUCCGGCGUUUGAUCAUGCUAUGGGUAACGGAGGGAGUCCCGCCAACACGCCGUCCCAGGAGCUGCAGGACUUUGUGAUAAAGACUUUCAGGAAGCAUUUUGUGCUGACGCUGAACGAGCUAAAGAGGCUGUUUAACCUCCACCUGGCUUCCAUGCCGGCGGGACGCAGCGUCUUCCACUCCAUCUCGGACCACAUGCUGCAGGACGCCAUACUGCUCAACCAGUGCAAACAGAUAAUGGUGCCUUUUCCUGCUCAGACCACAGCAGCCCCCGAUGAGCAGAAGGUGUUCGGUGUAUGGGAGACCGGAGACGACUUCGACAAGCAACGCCGGCUUCUUUACGAGGUGUUCACGAAGAACUACCGGGUCAGGAGGAACAUAAUUCAAGCCCGACUGGCGCAGGACUUCGGAGACGUGUCCAAAGCCGACGUGGACCGGCUGCUCACGGAGUGCUGCAGCAGCCACGCGGGGAUGUGGUACCUCAAAGGGACGAUACAGUCCUGACCCCCGAGUCCCUGCCCCCUGCGGUCACCGUCGGCCAAUCAGAUCCUCUCCCAGGUGUCCGGUGGGCGGGCAGUCGAGAGAUGAGAGCCAAUCGCUGCAGCUCGCUCAGCUGCGAGGACGAGCGAUUGGAGGACAAGUAAAGUCGGGCGCCCGACGUGCUCGGAACAAGAAGCUUUUCUAAACCUUGACGUGAGCACUCGGACGCCGCCGGAGGACAGGAAGUCCACAAACUCUCCGAGUCUGAGGGGAAACAUCGAUAUAAAAAUAAAAAAAUGAAGAGAUAGCAAGAUCUAUAUAUACACACGGUUUAUCAGUAGGAUUGUUUUUGCAUUGAUGACGUCAUGUUUGAUUAUUUUUGAAUGAGACCUUUCUCGGAUCAGAUCUGUGUUUACUGUUGAAGGCAGCAGAGUGCUUUCUUUUCACUCCUGGUCGUGAACUUUGCCAGAGAAAACACAUUUUACUUUGUCAUAUCAGCUACGACACUCUUUAAGGCCUUGUGAGUAAAAAAACAAAAAACUGAUUUGUUUGUUUGCAUCCAUUAAUUUUACACAUUUUCUUCUGUUUAGGGAAUAUCAGCUGAGUGUUCUAUUUAUUUCGCCCUCGACACACAAGUGAACGUGUGAGCUUUAAGGAUGUUCGAUAAAACGCGUGAAGGAGAAAAACGCCAAAUUCAUAAACAAAAGGGAAGAAAGAUGCAAAGAUGUUGUUGAACUGAAACCUCUGGAUGUUUUUGGCAACCCUGGACCUGGAAUCUGCUGCUUUCCUCCUCGUGUUCUGUGUUAUUCAGUCAAAUAUGUGCUGAUUUAUAAACUCUUGAGGGGAAAAGAAAAAAAAAAGGCGGAUUUAAGCGGCUGAGGUUUAUUUUUCUUGGUUGAAUGUAGAGUUUCUAAGUUUUCCUUUUACGAGAGACGAGUGACUGAGUUUGAUGAGAACCAAUAAAGAUGCAUUUUGGAAUAACAUCCUGUCAUAUUUUGCUCAUAAAUCAGCCGGGAUUUAAUCGACACCAACGCUACGCCGUCAUCUCUGGUGAGGGGGGGUAGGGGUGGGGGGAUGCUGUUGCUAUGGAUACGCUGGUGUAUCGCCAUGUGCUGCUAUCUUGAGCCUCCAUCUAAAGUGCCUCCGCCUCACAAGGCUUUCAGGACAAACUCCCACCCGUUCACACGAGAAAACAGGAACGUUCGAUUUUUCACAGGAAUCCUCUCGGAGCUUCAGUCGUGAAAACGGCGUUCAGCUAAAUUUCCUUCAUCAUCGGAUAAGAAUAAUAGUUGUAUUUUUUUUUUUCAUUGGUUUGUUAUUUUGCUCAAUAAACACUGUGAUGUCACCUUG